UUUAUCAGUAGGCCUACAUUCAGUUGAUUUUCGCAAGACCUAAGCCUAACGUUAGCCUAAAAAUUAUGUUCUCGAGCACGUGAGAAGAUUGGGUUUUGAUUUUCAUCUAUUUCUGCUGAAUGUUUUCAACACCUUUUCUUUAGCUGCACCAUGAUCGAAAAUGGAAAUUUGCCACCGGUGACCUCGCCAGUUUGGAAGGACUUGGCAAUUCCCAUCGAGACACUACCAAACCUCAGGCGGGUGGACUCCCGGGGCAAGCUGUAUCGGUCUUCGAGACAAGACUUGCUCAGCCGCGCUGACACCGAGAAACUCAAAGAGUUGAGGAUUCAAUCUGUGAUUGACUUUCGCUCCAAGUCUGAAUACAAAGUUGCGAAUGGGGACAAAAUUUAUGAUCAGAAUUCUACCAUUUUAGAAGUUGUUAUUCCUAAAGCAAAAGGAUCAGGACAGAGUACAAAACAAAUUUCUGUGAAUGUGAAGCCAGUGAAAUCUCUGUCUGGUUUCCAGAAUAAGGAAAUCAAGAACUCACAAACUUUGAGUGAUAAUCACAGUGCAAUCAAUAGGAAGAGAUUUCUACUGGAUUUUUUCAAGCUUCACUUUGUUUGGACGGUUUUCAACCGAAUUCCUCUGUAUAAAAGAUUAUUCUCCAUUCUCUACCUCAUUGUGGAUAUUCUGUUUCGUACCCAUUUCCGAUAUUUCAUCCGAUAUUUUGCCAAAGAGACUCUCAAUCCUGCUGGUUUGUUGUCGAGUUACAUAGAUAUGAUAGAACUCAGUGGCACACAGAUAUGUUUAGCCCUUCGUAUCUUGUCUGACCCAUCUAACUUACCAGCCUUGGUAAGCUGCGCACAUGGAAAGGAUCGAACUGGAAUUGUGGUUGCCAUGGUUCUUUCAUUAUUGGGUAAAUCUGAUGACUACAUUGCAGAGGAAUAUGCCCUUUCUGAAAUUGGAUUAGAUCCUAUAAGGCCUAGAGUUCAUCAAGAGAUAGUAGGACGAACUAGAAUGGAUGAAUCCUUUACACAUGCUAGAAGAGAAACCAUGGACGGUCUGCUUCAAUACAUUCAUAAAACAUACGGCAGUGUUCCCAACUAUCUUGAAUCCAUUGGGUUUGGAAAAGAAGAUCAGAAGAAAUUACUUCAAUCUUUUCAGGAAUGAAUCCAGACAAUGCUGCCCAGAUUAGGGCCCUGUUACAUGAAGCUUAGUAAUUUAUCUUGGUUUGAUUUCUAGGUUUGUUUGCAUUGAUUAUUGUGUAUGAUCAAUUGUAAAAAUCAGUCCCACAAUCAGUUGCUAUGUUUGAU